CAUGAUGGGAACAGGGCUGGGUACUGUGGUAAUGCCUUGUCAUUCAGCUGUGGCCGCCGAGUUGUGUAUGACUAGUGUCCUUACGAAACAAUUUCACAUAAGCAAUCACCCCUUGGACAAUGAUUCAAUCUCCCUAGUAAGACUGAAGUCAGCUGAAUCUCUUAUUUACGGUUCUACUUACACUUCCCUGACUAUUGUGCCUUUCCCAUUCCUAGUCCAAGCUUCUUCAUCGGAGUAAGAAACGUUACACAUUUCAUCAGAUGAUAUGUCAAAACGCUCACGAGAUACUUCAUGACGCUGACUGGACGGCUUUUAACCUAACAGCUCUCCUCCUUACCCCGCCACAAAGAGUAAACCCCGUUCGGCUAUAGAUCGCAGAAAGUGGAUCUCUUUUUCAUCAUAAUCAGGAUAUUUUCCAUCGCUCGCCUCGUGGUUCCUUUCCUUUUCCUUCACGUCGCUCGUGC